AUGCCGCAGCUGGCAGCCUCGGAUGUAGAUAUCCAUGAUAGAAGACUAGCUUGCUGGGCUUUAGACUUUGCAUGGGGCACAUCCCAGGUGACCUUGUCAACAACCAAAAUUUAUCCUGAUCAAAUAAGCCAGGCACGAGGCGAAAGCAUGCAGAAAGCUGCCCCCUCUGCAGUGUUGGAGAGAAUCUUCGUGGGCACAACUGAGCUGGAAAGGACCUCCUUUGCUUUCAAGGCUUUUUCAGAAACAACUAGAAAAGUCUCUAAGGAGGGGAGGCGCCAGUUCCUUGUUUCAACUGGCCUCAAAUUCACCUGUACUUGGCUGGGAAAGUCCACUGUUAACAGAUACAACAACCUGCCUGUAACUAUCCUCUGGGAAAGGACAAAGACAUACCAGAGGAAAAAGAGCACUUGGAUUCAGAAAGUGAACAACCCCAGUAUGGUCCAGAGAAGAGGAAGAUGGAGCCAUCCGGCCCAGAGGUACAGACCUAAGGUUGUCCCCCUGAGAAGUCUGUCAAAGCAGCACUGUGAGAACCAGAGGAACCUUCUCCACUUUGAUCAACAAGCCCCGGGCUGCAUCUUUACCUCUCUCACUUUGGGGAGAUGAAGGGCCAAUGGUCUUGGGACUUCACACUUGCUCCUAGAAGCAAAGGAGCCUGUAGGCUCUCUAUGUUACCUCUCCAAGAGCCCACCUGGAAGCCCAAAGAAUUCUUCACACUCCCUAUUGCGUUUGAGACUCCAAUCAAGAUGGCCUCUGACCCCAAAAGGGCCCUCAACACAACUGACUGAUUUGGACCCCUUCUUGAGCUUCAAGCCCAUCACUGAGCAGACUCUUUUCCAGGCCUCUCUUCCAGAGAAAGGAGGCCACUGACCACCCACCCCUGCCACGCAGCCCCCACCCCCCCAACCCCCCGGUCCUCAGGGAACACAGCUCCGAGGCUCCUGUGCUCAUUCUGUUUCCUCGAGUGUAGGAGGAGUUUUGUGGUACUCCCCUGGACUGGAGGUGCUCCCUGGGGCCCUUGUGGUGUUGGAGGGAGCUGCCGAUUACCUGGGCCACCCACUUGUGCUACUGAAUUCAGAAUCCAAAAAGCCAAGAUGGCCUUUCUCCAAGAGACAGGUGGGCCAAGACGAACCUAAGCACGUAUCCCAUCUGGAAGGCUCUCUGUCCUCUGUGAAGAUUGCAGACCUCAGGGCCUGUGAGCUCCAUGGCCUUCAUGGUGAAACCUGGAACGAAGUCCUGGAAACCCAUCAAAAACUUCCCACCGACCAAUUAGACUUGAGAAAGCAUCAAGAGGCCGUGUGAGAGCUCUUCACAAGUGAAUGCACUUAUUUCUUGGGCCAUUUAUUAGUUCUUAAGACUAUCUUCAUGAAUACAUUAAAAUAUCUACCAACUCAUGAAUAUCUCCUGGAUGUGGAUUUAUGGAGACUUUUAGCAAACCUACAGGAGUAAGUCAGGUGAACAAGCUUUGGUUUUGUGAACAGUCUUUUUGGCAUCAUCAAGGACAAUGCCAAGCCUUCAGAGACCUCACUCCCAUUGGAUUUCAUUUCUGUGCUCACGAAGGUGAAAUCCUUGUGGGACAGCCACCAGACCUAUUGCCUCAAUUACUCAGACAUCUUUUAUGUUGAGAGCCUGAGGCAAAGAUAUGACUUUGGAAUUUACUUCAAACGGUGAGAGCAAACAGAACAGUGCAGCCGGCUUCUGGCUGAGCUGCUGGUGGCUGCACUUCACAGGCUGACGUGGUACCUACCCUCUGUUAGCAGUAGGAACUCUACAGAGGAAAUCGUGAUCAAUGCCAUCAAGGAAAAGGUGGAGAAGUCCAUCAGGGAUCUUGAAGGAAAGGUGAAGCUUGACAAUUUCCAAAAAUGUCAACCUCUACAGGAGAUUAGAGAAUCUAAUCUUUGGGAUAGAGAUAAAAGAUUUUUUGUUCUCCCUUGUUUAAAAAACAUUUUUAAGGAACACAUGUGUGCAGAAAACAUCGUGUCACCAACCAAGAGACACUUUCUCUCCACAGGAAAAUUAACUCCUGCAGGAAGCACAAGAUUCCUAGAUGUUUAUCUGUUUCUCUCCGACAAUUUCCUCUUAGUUAUAAAGUGCCACAAAAAGAAACGUGGAGGCUCCGACACUGGUUUGCUGUGUCCUUUGCUUACUCCUGAGCUGCAAACAGUAAUAAAAGAGGGUGGUUCAUCCAUCUCACUAGACAGAUUAGAGGACAAAAGUAUUGAUCUACUCCCCAUGUCAGCACUUGGGCUGAGAAAUUCUUGCCUUGCACAACGUGAAAACAGACAUCAGCAGUGGAUAGCAGCACUCUUAUUACAAGCCCAAAUGGAAAACAUCAAGAAAACAUGGAUGGCACAAAUAACAGCAGCAAUCUCUUUCAUCAAUAAUCAGGAUACCAAGAAUCUAUCUUUAUUUACAUUGCCUGCAGAAUCCUCUGAAAUAUAAGGAUCUAAAACAAGUGGUGCACCCUUUUUAGAUAUUAGGGAUUAAGACACUCUUUCAAACUUUUGUAACACUUAGUGAUGGGUUAGAAGGAAUUGUGCAUCUUAAAAGAGUUCCAGAAUUUGAGAAUUUGAGCCAGGAAAAUCCUCAGUAUAGAGGAAUAAUGACUGCAACAAAUGUGAACUAUGAGGAAUUUUUUGGCAGGCAUAUACUGAUACCUAGACUACCUAAUAAUGUUUUAGUAGGACUUGAGGGAAGCAUGGUGCUAUUUAAAAUUUGUAAAGGGUGAAAGAUCAGCUGAAUGGAGCGUCAGGAGGAAAGCAAUGCCCACUGCUUGUGCUCGGUAUGGACUCUAGCAUCUCACUUUGUCUAUGUCAAGAACGAAACUUAAUUUCCUACACGGUUUGUACAUCAGUCUUACUGCUUUGGAGUCCUCACAUGCAAUAAUAAUUCUGAUGUAUACUUUGCUCUCCUAACAAAUUAAGCAAUCAAUAAGGUCUAUAUUUAAUAGUCUUAAAAUUCCUAUUUGCCAACAGUUUCCUCAUCUCAGGUAUA